GGUUGUUGACUUUGUUGACCCAAAUCAGACCCGGUUCCGGUGCUAAAUAAAAAAACACGUUUUGUGCACCUCUAAAUUGCCUCCACUCCAUUAGUGCAAAAAUCCCCAAAUCUUCCAUUCGCUUGGAAACCUUAGCAACUGAUAACGUGAGUUGGUAAUCAAAAUCAAGAUGUCAGACAACGUGCCUUUCGAGAUUCAAGAGGAAAUCAUCAAACGGCUUCCAGUAAAAUCACUCAUUCGAUUCCGAUCAGUCUCCAAAUCAUGGAAAUCUCUCUUCGAUAGCUCCAAUUUCAUCACUCAUUACAGGUCCCAACACCAACAUCUACUUGUGUGUAAUCAUCGAUAUGGUUCCGAGCCAAAAUACGUUUCUAUCGUUGAUGAUAAUACUUUCCCUGAACAGAGAGCAUCUGUGACUCUUCCUCCGUUGGUUAACAUGCUUAACCCUUAUAGGACAAUAGGCACUUCUCAUGGCUUGUUCUGUUUGUAUAACGACGGAAAACUUGUUAUUUGGAAUCCUUCGAUUAGAAAAGCUGUUGGUGUUGUUGUGCCUAAUGUGGUAGAUGCUAAGAUGUUUAACACCGAGCUCGGGUUUGGCGUUUGUCGCGAGAUGAGUGACCCGAAGGUUGUCAAGAUUAGAUAUAUUAGAAGUUUUGUGGAUAUGGAAAGCGUAACUAGCAUCCCUUGGCAAGUUGAGGUUUUUACGUUAAGUACCGGGGAGUGGAGAAGUCUGAAUAGCAAUCUCCCUCGUAAAUCGAUUGUUUUUAAAAAUAGACUAUCUGCAGGUGGGGUUUGUGUAGAUGGGGUUUUUUAUGGGCUUGCUAUUGAUAGGAGUACCGUUGAUGCUCAAACUCUAGCUUAUAAUAUGAUUAUUUCAUUUGAUAUGACAAGUGAAGAAUUUGGAGAAGUAAACCUCCCGGAUAGGUUUGUAUACCACGGGUCUAUGUGGGAUUUGCACUUAUAUAAUCUAAGGGAGUCUCUUGUUUUGGUUGAACAUAGUGCCGAUGUUGAUAAUCGAGUUUACAGUGUAUGGAUGAUGGAGGAUGGUGUACCAAAAUCAUUUACAAAGUCAUACACUAUUCACCUACCAGAUGCAACGAUAAAUCGCGUAGUAGAAUUUACGAGGAGUGGUGAACUUGUAAUAGAAGUUACAAAACAUGACGGGGAAUCGUCAUGGCGUGUUGUUUAUGAGCCCAUCUCAAAAGAGAUCAGUAACCUUGACAUAUUACUUGGGAUUGAUGAAGGAGGUUUUUUUUAUGCGCAUUCUUACAUGGAAACACUACUGCUGCUUGACCACCCAUCAUUUAUGCUUUUUGACAAAGGUAUACUCUAUAUUGGAAGUUUCAAAGAGGAGUGCCAAGAACUGAAGGCUUUUGAAGGAUAUACAAUCUAAAGAGUAUGGUUGGUGAAUUGGAUGCAUGAAUGAAUGGUGAAUCAAAGAUCAUGGUUGGUGAAUUGGAGUUCAUAUGAAGAACUUCAAGCUUAGUUGUUUGGAGAACUUAGAAUUUUGAGACUUUAUUUUGGGAUAAAUAUGUCAAGUGUUUGCGAAUAGUUAUGUCAAGUACUUCGUAUUUAUUUGAGACUGAAAAAGUUGUGUUUUUUUCCUCAAA